ACAAUACUCAAGAAGAAAGAUGAAGAGAAUAUCUCUCCCAAGAGAAGUUGAUCCAAAGCUUAAAGGCCUUCGUGACUCAGCACAGGACAUUUUGGACAAAUGUGCAGGACAAAUGAUGGGAGAAAUUGAACAGGGUUUGGAGAAACACUAUAAAUCCAUUCUCAAUGUUUCAUCUGCUGAUUUCCACAAAAUGGGAAUAAAGCCCAUCACUUUUGUUCGUCAGGUCCUGGCUGCUUGUUUCUACCCUUCCCUCCUGAAUGAUGAGAGGUUACCCUUGGAUGCAAGAGAGAGGGCGAGAAGGAUUCUGGGAACAUGUGCAGGCGGGAGCAUUGGAUCAUACACUGUUGCACGUGGAAUUAAGGAACUCCAUGCCUCCAUAUGUGAUUUUAUCACCAAACGCGAUGGUGUUGUUCCUGAUCCUGACAACAUUUACAUGACCAAUGGGUCUCAGACUGCCCUCAUAAUGGUACUGAAGCUGCUGGUUCUAAGUGAGGGCUCCCUGAAGACAGGAGUCCUUAGUCCUGUACCAUCAUACUCCACUUUUAACAUGGGAGUAGAAGCUCACGGAGGAAUUGUCGUGCCUUAUUACCUGUCUGAAGAGCAGGGCUGGUCCAUUCAGCUUAAAGAACUAUGCCGAGCCGUUCACACAGCCAGGAUGCAAUGCAACCCAAUGGUGUUAUAUGUUAUCAAUCCAGGAAGUCCAACAGGUCAUGUGCAGAGUAAGGACUCAAUUGCUGAAGUGAUUCGUUUUGCUGCAGAAGAAAAUCUCUUUUUAAUGGUAGAUGAGGUGCAUCAGGACAUGGUGUAUGGGAAAGGAUCUGAGUUUUAUUCAUAUAGAAGAGUGUUGUCUGAAAUGGGUCCUCCAUACUCCAGCACCAUAGAGCUGGUCUCCUUUAACUCCAUCUCCAAAACUGUCCUGGGAGAGUGUGGUCUGCGGGGAGGCUAUUUGGAGUUUGUGAACCUUGACCCAUUAGUGAUUCCCUACAUCCACAAAUUCUUCUCCACAGUUACGUGGGCAUCAUUGGGGGGACAAAUCGCUGUGGAUUUGAUGCUCAACCCUCCAAAACCCAACCAAUCUUCAUAUGAACUCUACUCGCAAGAGAUUGGGUCAAUCCGGAGUGCAAUAAGGAACAAUGCCCAGAAGAUUCUGGAGGUUCUCAGUGACCUACCUGGAAUCAGCUGUCAGCCUGUGAAUGGAGGAAUUUUUGCCUUCCCACGCCUGCACUUGUCUCAAUCUGCAAUAAAACAUGCAGAGGAAAAUCAGCUGGAGCCUGACCUGCUGUACUGUUUGCGUUUGCUGGAGGAUGAAGGCUUGUGUGUAGGAGCCGGAUGUGUGCACGGACAGAAAGUGGAAACUUAUCACAUCAGGAUUUGCCUGGCGAUGCAAGAGGAGACCAUGAAAGACGUACUGCAGAGGUUGAAGGGAUUUCACCUCCGCUUCAUUAAAGAGUUUCCCUGAUAAGCUACACUGGCAUGAACAUAAGAAAAUAAUAACAGUGUUUGUCUCUGAGCAUAGUAUUCAAAGUUGCUAACUAAAGUUUGAACCUGAACUCAACAUUUGGGAACAUAUUAUAUACAUAUACACACAAAUAUCUAAGUCCUGUUGCUUCAGAAGAUUUCUCAGCUGAACAUCAAUCAAUUCGGAGUUAUACCAAGGUCUUAACAAGAAAAUGAACUACCAGAAAGUUCUACUGUUUAAUGUUCAUUAUAUUAUAGCAGUAAUUAUAAUCAAAUAAAUAUAAAAGUUCACUUUCAAAAUGACAAUGAAGUCUUUUCAACCAAGAAGAAUCGUUGUUUAGUUAUUUUUAUUCUCUGCUCUCAAUAAAUAAAAAAAUCUCUCUUAAAUUAUUGCAGUGCAAAUAGUUUUUCUUAACAACACUU